UUCUCAAAUCGGAAAUUACCCCAAUAUAAUCUCCCCUUUUUCCUCCAGCGCCUUCUCUUGUCUUGUGUGCCCCUACCUCAUUCAUUUUCUGUUUCUCCUUCUUUUGCACAAUUCUCUCCGAUUAAUGUCUGCUGCAGCUCAGUGCUUUCUCUCUUUCUUUCCUCAUACAGUUCAACCUGCAGCACCUUUCUCAUCUCAUCACUUCUCCGCAUCUCAAUCGUUUUUGCACAUCUGCCUGUACCCCACUGUUCCCUUAACCCUGCAGUAUCUCUUUUGAUUUUCGAUCUUGCAUUGCCAUCUUCAUUUGCAGGUCAGCCAUCUCCUAGCUUUUUCUCUAUCCUAUAGACUAGCCUGUGUUGAUCAAGCAGCCAAGUAUUUUUGCAGCCCAGCAAUUGAAUUGCUUCUGUCCUUUUAAUUCAGCUGUUUUCCCUCACUGUGGUUUCUUCUUCCUCUCCACCUGACAUCAGCUUUCUUAACUUGCAUUGAAUAUCUCUGCAAUUUUCCUGUCUAUGAACAAAUCCCAAUUUUCUGAACAGUGAAAGAUCAUUAGGCCAGUUUCCAACUGAUUUCUCCUUUUUAUUUCUGUUCUUACUUUGGCAGGCCCAGCAGCACCAUGUCUGAGUUGAAGGACUGCCCUCUUCAGUUCCAUGAUUUUAAGUCGGUGGACCAUCUAAAGGUGUGCCCCCGUUACACAGCUGUACUGGCCCGUUCUGAAGAUGAUGGCAUUGGAAUUGAAGAACUCGACACCCUGCAAUUGGAGCUGGAAACAUUGCUGUCUUCUGCUAGCCGCCGGCUUCGGGUGCUGGAGGCAGAGACCCAGAUCCUUACAGACUGGCAAGACAAGAAAGGGGACAGGCGAUUUCUGAAGCUGGGCAAGGAACAUGAGUUGGGUACUCCUAUCAAGCAUGGCAAGCCCAAGAAGCAGAAGCUGGAAGGGAAAGGAGGCCACAGCACAGGGCAGGGGCCUGGUCGGCCCAAAUCCAAGAACCUGCAGCCUAAAAUCCAAGAGUAUGAAUUUCCAGAUGACCCAAUUGAUGUGCCCCGUAUUCCCAAAAACGAUGCACCUAAUAGAUUCUGGGCCUCGGUGGAGCCCUAUUGUUCUGAUCUCACCAAUGAGGAAGUGCGUACUUUGGAGGAGCUCCUCAAACCUCCUGACGACGAGGCUGAACACUACAAGAUUCCACCCCUGGGGAAGCAUUACUCGCAACGCUGGGCCCAGGAAGAUAUGCUAGAGGAGCAGAAAGAUGGGGCUCGGGCUGCAGCUGCUGCUGAUAAGAAGAAAGGCAUCUUGGGGCCACUGACAGAAUUGGACACGAAAGAUGUGGAUGCUUUGCUGAAGAAGUCGGAGUCCCAACAUGAACAGCCUGAGGAUGGCUGCCCAUUUGGACCUCUGACCCAGCGCCUCCUGCAGGCACUUGUAGAGGAGAACAUCAUUUCUCCCAUUGAAGAUUCACCGAUCCCAGAGAUAGCAGGCAAGGAUUCUGCAGCAGAUGGUGCCAGCACCUCCCCCCGCAGCCAAAACAAACCCUUCAGUGUACCCCACACCAAGUCUUUGGAAGGCCGCAUCAAAGAAGAACUGAUUGCUCAAGGUCUGCUAGAGUCAGAGGACCGGCCUGCUGAAGACUCGGAGGACGAAGUAUUGGCUGAGCUGCGAAAGCGACAGGCUGAACUCAAGGCCCUGAGUGCACACAACAAAGCCAAGAAAGUCGAGCUGCUCAGGCUGGCCAAGGAGGAGUUGCACCGGCAGGAGCUGCGGCAGCGGGUGCGCAUGGCAGACAACGAAGUCAUGGAUGCCUUCCGCAAGAUCAUGGCAGCGCGCCAGAAGAAGCGCACCCCGACAAAGAAGGAGAAAGACCAGGCCUGGAAGAGCCUCAAGGAGCGCGAAAGCAUCCUUAAGCUGCUAGAUGGCUAAUACUGGGAUCUGAACACAUGCCUGGUCAGCCAGGCUCCUCCACUUUGAACUACCACAGGGGCUCAAGGCCUGCCGGAGGUGCCUGUUGCCAGAGAGACUGCAACAGCAGCAGCUCCCUCCAUUGGCUGCGCAGUGUGCAGUUUUGCCCCGUUUGGUCAUGUCGUAGCCAAGGAUCUGGAGAAGCUGGGUUCUGGCAGCGCACCUUGUACGACUGUGAGCACUGGCACUGUGAAAUGGGGGCCUCUUUUGCCAAAGGUGGCAAUCUCCUUCCUUGAUGCCUGUAGGACCAGUUUGCUACAGCAUGGAGCUGGGACAGGCCAAAGCCCGGCAUUGGCUUUUGCAUCACACCCGCUUUCAGGGCCAGCCUUCAGCAGCAACUAGGGGUUGCCCUUGAGGACUGACUUGCUUUUUUUCCUUUCUUUACCCCAUAACUGUUGUUCCCUUGCCCUGCAUCAUUGGAGGCUACAGGCACUGUGGAUUUUGUAUUGGGGAACAAAAUGGCCAAGCACCUGGAUGGUCAAGCAGUUUGUUGACCAACCACCAUCCCCUCACCGUAGCAGGUGAACACCCUCACCUGCCAACUUCAGGGGAUUGUCCCAAGUUAAAAUGCCAGAAGAGUUCAGAAACAUGGGUAUCUGCCCUGUCCCUGGAUAGUGCAAGAAGAUGCCUGCAGUAACCAGUUUUGAACAGUAGAGGGAAAUGUGUGUUCCCUGCUGGGUGUCAGUUACACUUUUCACUGUGUGUAAAAACAGUGUUGGUCCAAGCGCUGCUGUGGACUGCUGCAUUGUGGGCGGGGGUGUUGCUGAGCCUGCGAGGCGCCGUGAUGGCUUUAAAGUUUCCUGUUCUGCUAAGCCUCUUCCUGUAGUGGUGGUUGGUCACACACUCCUCCUUUCCCCUGCUUUUCUGAAAUACACCAGAAAGUGUUGGUCUCUGCAGAACUGAGCAUGAGGGUGCCAUCGGGUGCUUGAUGCAAGAAACCAAGCUGAGGAGAACCUACAGCAGCACAGGUAUGGGAGAGCAGAGAAGGCAGGGCUUGGUUGUAUUGGUGGGAUGGAUUGACUGGCCUGACUCAGCCUGUGUCCAUUCCAGCUACACACUGGCCAGUGAUGGAUUGCAAAAGGCAAGCACCCAUUAGGAGGAAAAUUGCUGUGACUGGAGGGAGAGAGGCACCCUCAGUUCUCCCAGAAUCUGUCUUGCUUCUGGAGUUGUUCUGAAAAAGCUCCCUAGAUCUGAGAGAGUUGAGCUGGGAAGAAGUGAAACGCCAGCUUCCCUACAGGGGCAUCCUCUCAGCUCUGCAGGGAAGGGGAAGAGAAGCAGCAGAACUGGGGUCAGCUGAGUAGCUGAGGAUGCUUCCUGCGAGCUGUGCGGGGGCUGAACCCAUGCAGAGAACUCUCAAUCCUGGUAGCUACAUAUCUGGCCAAGCUAUAAAACAAAGGUUGCGCCGGUGCGGGGGCUGCUCCAGAGCUUGCCACUUUCCUUGAUUAAAGGGUGUGUGUUUGGGCGGCGGAGGGGAUUGAGCUGUAGUCCUGUCUUCUCCUGCUCUGCUGGCCUUUGCCCCGUCUCGCCUCAUUCCCCUUGUGCCAUUAUAUGUGCCAUUAGAAGGACUCCAUUCAUCCGUACUGUGGUCACCCAUAACAUGAAGCUGUGCACAAGGGUGCACCUGUCCCCUAUCCUCAUUGGUUAUUGUAGCACAGUCUGUAGGAGAGACUGGGGCAGGUUGUUAGUUUUCUCCUGGACAAACUCUGGCUGUUGUUUCCAGUGACGACUUCCACCACCGUCACCUACUUCUGAAGGUUUGACUGGUAACUGCUGCUUGUCUUCCAUACUAUACAGUGUUUAUUGUUAAACAUAACAUUGGACUUGCUUUUCACCCACCCCAGAUACCCGCGGGUUUCAAGAAUGUCUUGGGGCGGGGGGUAUUUCAAAGUUCUAAAAUAUGAGAUGGCUUUGGGAACUGCCAAAAACUGGAAGUGUGGGGACUAGGAAGCAGAGUUGGGAUUUGGGGAGGGAUCACAUUAAUUCUUCAUGCUGUAGUCUGUUGUAGUUUGUGUCAACAUCGUGCCUCAUAAGAAUUCUCCCAGUAUGUCAAUAAACCCGUGACUACAGGAGCA